AUGAUAAGAAUAAUGAAUAGAUCAUUUCUAAUAUUUCUUACACUUGUUUUGAUUGUCGCUUUUAUUAAGGUUGACUGUGGAAAAAUUAAUAAAGAUUCUGUUGAUAAUCAAGAAUAUCUCAGAAGUCAAUAUCUUGUCACAGAUGAUGAUGAUUAUGUAGAAUCUAGUGAGGAGAUUAAUGAAAUUGCUAAAGCUGUUAAAGCCGGUCACCCAGAGAGGAACAUUAAAUUUUCAGAUAAAAAAAGUUCCUUGGAAGCUAUGAUGAAGCAAGGUUUAGAAGAUUGGGAGUUAUACAAACAAUUGCAUAAUAAAAAAUAUGCUCAUGAAAAGAUUGAAAAUGAAAGAAUGUUUACAUUUUUGACAAAUCAACAACGUGUUCGUGAACAUAAUAAACGAUUCCUUGAAGGAGAGGUAUCUUAUGAAAUUGAAAUGAAUCAUCUUGCUGAUCUUCCUUUUGAAGAGUACUCUCGUCUUAAUGGUUUUAGAAUGCCAAAGAAAGGAUUACUUGGUGCUGUUAAAAGCAAUGCCACAAGAUGGUUAGCACCAUUAAAUGUAGAAAUUCCAGAUAGUGUUGAUUGGAGAGAGAAAGGAUUUGUUACAGAAGUUAAAAAUCAAAAAGCUUGUGGAAGUUGUUAUUCUUUCUCUGCUACAGGUGCUCUUGAAGGACAACAUAAAAGAGUUACUGGAGAACUUGUAUCAUUAUCUGAACAAAAUAUUGUUGAUUGUUCUACUUCUUAUGGUAAUAAUGGAUGUAAUGGUGGUUUGAUGGAUUAUGUAUUUGAAUAUAUCAAAGAAAACAAAGGUGUUGAUACUGAAGAGUCAUAUCCAUACAAAGGAAAAGAGGGAAAAUGUCAUUUCAAGAAACGUGACAUUGGAGCUACCGAUAUUGGAUAUUUUGAUCUUCCAGAAGGUGAUGAAGAAGCUUUAAAGGUUGCUGUUGCAACUCAAGGUCCAAUAUCUGUUGCUAUUGAUGCUGGACAUACCUCAUUCCAAAUGUACAAGAAAGGAAUAUAUUAUGAACCAAAAUGUAGUCCAGAAAAUCUUGACCACGGUGUUUUACUUGUAGGAUAUGGAACCUGCCCAGAACAUGGUGAUUACUGGAUUGUCAAAAAUUCAUGGGGUACAACUUGGGGAGAACAAGGAUACAUCAGAAUGGCAAGAAACAAAAAAAAUCACUGUGGAAUUGCAACAAAAGCUUCCUACCCUCUUGUUUAA